AUGGGAAUAAAAGAAUUUGAAUUUGCAGGCAAGAAACUAGUGAUUCACGAGUUCGACGACGUGUACGACUCAGUCACAGGGCGAGCACUCACCGGGUCAUGGACAUGGGACUCAGCAAUAGUCCUAUCUCAUUGGAUGAUCACUCAGGGUCAACUCGACUUCGACUUCGCCGGAAAAACAGUUCUCGAGCUCGGCGCCGGAACCGGCCUUCCCGGCCUGACGGCGGCGGCGCUGGGAGCGAGCCGAGUCAUUCUCACCGACGUCGAGCCGCUGCUUCCUGUGCUGAGGAAGAACGUGGAAGCUAACGGACUGGGAGACCGAGUCGAGGUGAGUCGACUCGUGUGGGGAUCGGAGGAGGAGUUGGAGGAUGAGGUGGCGGUGGUGGAUCUGGUGGUGAUGUCGGACGUGUUUUUCGAUGCGGAGGAGGCGGUGGCGCUGGGGAGGACGUUGAGGAGGGUUUGUGGGGAGGGGACGAAGGUAUGGGGGGCGAGUGAGGUGAGGCCGUGGAGUGGGGGUUGUGUGAAUGAGUUGGUGAGUCAAGGGUUUGAGGUUGUUGAGUUUCCGAGUCAGUUCAGUGGGAGUUUGGACGAGUUUGCUGUUUUUCAACUCGUUUGUUCGAGAUAUACAACAAGGCCUCCAGAAGAGUGUGAGUCGAGCCAGUCUCAAUAA